AUGGCAAAAUCCACGCAAACAUACAGCAAGCACUUCAUCCCACUCGAGUCGAGCCCGGAAAUAUUCACAGAGCUUGCGCACAAUCUAGGGCUGCCUGCGUCAUUAGGGUUUCAGGAUGUGCUUUCCCUGGACGACCCAGAGUUACUUGGGAUGCUGCCACGACCGGUAUACGGGCUGAUUCUGAUACUUCCGACGACAGAGGCAUACGAGAAGACAGUGGAGGAUGAGGAUACCAAGCUAGAAAGUUUGCAAGGCCCCAAGCAAAACGACGAUGUAGUGUUUUUUAGACAGACAAUUAACAAUGCAUGUGGGUUGUAUGCUAUUCUACAUGCUGUAUGCAAUGGAGGGGUGAGAGAAAUGAUAGAAUCCGGUUCAAUCAUUGCGAAAGUGCUCAGUUCAAGUCUGACGAAUGAUGUAGACGAGCUGGCUAGAGCACUGGAGAAUAGGCAGGAGUUAGAGAAGGCAUAUGCUGAUGCCGCUAUCAAGGGCGAUACGGAUGCGCCAGUCAAUGCUGAAGACGAGGUGGAUUAUCACUAUGUUGCUUUUGUGCAAUCGUCCAAGAGCAGACAUCUCUACCAACUCGAUGGAGACCGGAAACGUCCCAUUGAUCUUGGGACACUUGAAACCGAUGAAGAUGCUCUUGGAAGUAAGUGCCUUGAUGUCAUUCGGAACAUGGUGGCACUUGAAAACAACAAUGUCAACUUUAGUUUAAUGGCUCUGGUUGAAGGCGCAGAGAUGUAG